AUGGACCCAACCAUCGAGGAUCUACAAUUGCAGGAAAUCACCGCACUCAAGAGCAUAUAUGACCGCGAUUUUAUUGAGAGCCCGCCUCCCAAGGCGUGGAAGCAAGCCGCCAGACUACCCGAAUUCACAAUCAGAGUCACGUACCCCCUCGACGAACACGCAGAGAAGAUCUUCUUUCAUCUCAACGUGAGGCUACCUCGGACGUACCCAACGGGUGUUUGUCCUAUUUUUACGAUACAACCUCCUAUUGCUGGCCUGCGCACUGACGAGGUCUCGAAACUCAACCAUGCCAUUCACGAAGAAGCACAGAAGAAGAAGGGAGAGGAGAUGGUCUUUCAGAUGGUAUGCUUCGCAAAGGAGUGGAUGGAGGCGUACGUCAAGCCCGUCGCCGAGGUCAAGGGUUCCCUCGCGACCCAGAUGACUCAACGUGCUCUCGAUGCGGAGAAGGUGAAACGACAACAAGCAGAAGAAGAAGCCGCCCGACAACGAGAACGUCAAGCCGAGGAAGCGCGACGCCUCAACGAGCAAAUCCUCGAGGAUACCCAACGACGAGUGGCCGAGCGCGAACGCUUUCAACAGGCGCGCAGGCGUGCUAUGUCCGAUGCAACCGAGGUGCCGUCAAUUGAAGAUGCGACACCGACCGAGUCCUUUGAUCUAGAGAUCAAGUGGCAGGACCAGACCUUCAACAGAGUACGCCUGUUCCACCCCCGGCAAGAACUCUUGGGCACCGUCUUCCAAGCGGAUCCUGUCAGCGACGAGCCUGUCGUCAGCCUUCCCUUGGAAUUGCUCUCCAUCACGUUCCAGUCGCAUUAUUACACCACCCCGCAAGGUCGGAAGAAGCUCAAGCAGGUCGAGAGCGAGUUGCACCGUCUAGCUGGUAUCCGGCAUCAGAACCUCUUGGCCGUUCUCGCCGCAAAGCUCACGACACCGAAUGCCAGCACGCCUCCACGCUUGCUCAUCCUCACGGAGAAACGGCCCCCAGUCACCUUGCACGAUGUGCUGGAAGACACGGAUCGGUUGCGCGAAGACCGAGCGACAGACUACCUGGCUCAGGUUCUUUCUGCUCUCCAAGUCGUACAUAACUCGGACGUCGUCCAUCGAGGGCUCGAUCUGAAGUGCAUUGGGCUCGCGCCUUCGUCGAGCGAAACGAGCUCGUCGAGGAUCAUCAAAGUAUUCCACGUCGGCUGGCUAACACGUCUGCUCGAUCUCCACCGUUCGGAUCCUCUUGGACCCAAUAUUGUCACCAAGCCUACAGAGGAAGAAACCGUACCGGAAGGAUGGCACAGGCUUCCGCCUGUAGAGUCUAUGCUCGACUAUACGAAGGGCCGUGACAUCCAUGCGAUCGGCGUCGUGCUGCUACAGAUGCUCCUCGGUCGCGACGUCAUGUACAAGUUCCCCGAUCCGCAGACGGCUAUUCGCAUCGCCGAGAUGUCGUCCUUAUUGUCUCUCAAGGCUGCCGUGAUGCUCGCUCCCGCGAAGAGAGGUGGCGUGACGUGUCAGACGCUCCUCAUGGAUCUCACGUCUCCCCCACAUCCGCCUACCAGCCUGCGUACCCCGACCAUCCCGUAUUCCACUUCUAGCAUGAAGACCCCGACUGUGAACGGUUUUGCCGUCGGUUCUCCGGAGAACGACUACUUCAAGAUGCCCCCGCCAGCUGCCCGACGCGCGAGUCGAUGGAAGGAGGAUUGGGAGGAGCUCGAAAUUCUGGGUCGCGGCGGUUUCGGACAAGUCGUGAAGGCGCGCAACAAGAUCGACAACCGGAUCUACGCCAUCAAGAAGAUCAAGCUGCGCGACGUUCGGAAUGACAAGAUCUACCGCGAAGUCAGCGCCCUCAGUCGGCUGAACCACCGCUUCGUCGUUCGGUACUACACGACGUGGGUCGAGACCGCGGACGCGCCCGCGCUGCCACCCACCGGGUCCGAGUCGGAGGACUCGGACAUAACGGAACUCACUGCGGACGGGACCGCGGACGGGACUGCAGACGGGCACGGGCACACGAUGACGCACUUUCCGGAGGACGAAGACGAGCAGUUCACGACGUUCGACCUCCGCGAUCUCGAUCUGUCCGUGAGUGCAGGGCGAACGAACUCGACGUUCCCAAGCAUCCACUUCACCCGGACGAGCUCGCAGAAUGACGGGGACAACGGAAGCGAUACGAGCGACGAGAUCACGGAUGUCGAGGAGGUUGAAGAGGAGGAGGAUGCGGAGUUCGAUCCACUCGCGAUUCUGAACUGUGCCCAGGAAUUCGUCGAGAGGCAGACGCUUCGAGAGCGAAUCGCGGAAGGGCUCGAUGAAGACGAGGCGUGGCGAUUGUUCCACCAAGUUGUAGACGCCCUCGUCCACAUGUCCAGUCUUGGCAUCCUGCACAGAGACAUCAAGCUCACGAACAUUUUCGUUGGUGGAACGUACGUUGACAGUUCCAUAGAUGCCAAGGGCGACUGCAAAGUCGGUGACUUUGGUCUUGCGACGGAGAGUAUGGACGCCGUUGAUCCCUCCGACAAGCCCGCAACGAAGGUCAAUCAUGAAGAUAUCACUCUCGAUGUUGGUACCAGAUUGUACAUGGCCCCAGAGAUGAUUGGCUCGGAUGUCGCUAAGGCGGAGAAGACGAAGCCACGCAACAACGCGAAAGCGGACAUGUACAGCCUUGGAAUCGUCUUUUUCGAGAUGAACUACCUCUUUAAGACCGACUCCGAGAGGAGCAAAGUCUUGCCUGACCUGCGGCUUCCAGCGGUCGUCUUCCCAUCUGACUGGGAUACGAAGCGAACAAGGCAGAGGCAGAUCAUUACAUGGCUUCUGCAGCACGACCCGGACAAGAGGCCCAGCGCCAAGCAGCUCUCACAGAGCCCCCUGCUUCCACCCAGAGUCGAAGACGAGUAUGUCAUGGGUGCUCUCAACAUGAUUGCACAAGCCGACUCUCCUCAUCUUCCUGCUGUUCUGUCGACGCUCUUCAAACAGCCCGUGAAGCCGCAUCGCGCGCUCGUCUACGACCAAGUCGAGGAGGUCCCCGAGCACCUCAACCUCAACGCCCUCGUGAUCGACCACCUCGAGCAAAUCUUCCACCUCCAUGGCGCCAUCAACUCCGAGCCGCCCCUACUCAUGCCCGUUGUCAACCCAGUCGACGAUGAUCCGAAUCGGGCGGUGCUUCUCGACCGUCAUGGUGAGGUCGUUACUCUUCCGCAUCACGGACUUCCGCGGUUCGCGCGCGCGGCCGCGCGUGCGGCGUACAACCGCAUCAAGCGAUAUCAAGUCUGCGAUAUAUAUCGUCCGAAUCUGACUGGGGGACACCCGACUACGGCCAAGGUUGCGAUCUACGACAUCAUUACGUCUGACCUGAAGAACGGCUUGGCGGCCGCGGCUGGGGAGGGCAUCGCGAUACUCAACAACUGCCUGGAUGUGUUCGGCGACCUGUGGCAACACUACAGUAUCUUCAUUUCGCACUCUGCCAUCCAUGAAACCAUGCAGUCGCGACUCCCGCAGGAGCUCAAGGACGACGUGAUGGCAUUGAUAAACAACCCGAAGAUGUCCAAUGCCCAGAAGCGGAAUAAUCUCAAGCUUAAGGGCGUCUCGCGCGCCGUCAUCGACGAGUUGGAAGUCCUCACCAUGACCUACGACUCCGUGGACGCACUCGUCGAGCGCCUGGAGAAGACGUCGCCCGCGCUGCUGGAACUUCUCAAUCCGUGCAUCAAAGAGAUACGGAGCACCAUCCAGUUUUCCGAGGCAUCCGGGGGCACCCGACCGAUGGCCAUUGACCCGCUGAUGCUAGACAAUCGCAGCAGUUACUUUGCGCAUGGCGUCUGCUUCACCGCGGCGCGCAAGACCAAGCGCUCUGAUGUUCUCGCCGCAGGUGGCCGCUACGACCACCUCAUCCGCCGAUAUGCGAACCCGACGACAGAGCAGCCAAUGCGCGCGGCGAUGGCGUUCCAGAUCUACCUGGAGAAGAUCACUACGACACUCGCGCCGUACCAGAACGCGUUUAUCGACUCGCAGAUGAACUCCGGGGAGCCGAAGUCGUUCGGCUAUUGGAGCCCGCGCCGGUGCGACGUCUACGUGGUGUCGUACAACCCGGGGCACAUGCUCGAGCGUCUUGAGGUCGUUUCACAGCUGUGGAAGCAUGGCGUGAGCGCAGACGUCAUGUACGAGAGCGUUUUCGAGAAGGUCGACAGUGUAUUUGAGCGCGGCGGCAAGGAGGACUACUAUGAGUGGUGCCAAACUGAGGGGAUUUUAUUCAUGGUGUACGUCAAACCUCGGAAUAACCUCUCGACCGUGUACAAGGUCAUGAGUGUUCUUCGCGGCACCGAGACAGAAGUGCAGGCCCAAGACCUCAUCAGCUUCCUCCAAGACCACAUCGCUGAGCAAAAGCGCUUCGACUCAACGCUCACCAACAUGCCCUGCACCACCAUCGAGACCACCCCGGCGCACGCCGAUCCGGCGCCCCAGAAGGCUGCGCCGCCCCCGCACACGAUCGUGGUGCUCCCGGGUGACAGCAAGAAGCGUAAGGGAAUGAAGACCAUGUACAGCAAUAAGGCCUUCGAGAGCGCCAACACAUUCCGGUCGGUCGUCGCCGACCUGCGUACCGUCGCCGUCGAGGUCACCGCGCCGGUCUUCGACGAGAUGGCGAAGAACGGGAGCUGGCUGACGAGCGACGACGGACUCCGCGCGAUCGCGGCGGGGCUCCCGACGCAGCACGCGGGAUACGCGCAGCAGGUCCGGGAUGCGAUCGUGAAGCUGCGGGAGGAGGGUCAGAAGUACGUGCUGUUGUACGGGAUCAGGCAGGAUCGACUCGCGCUGUUGACGUUGUAG